AAAAUCAAUUCAUGUGAAGUUUUGAACUCACCUACUACACUCAACUAACUCACGGUAACUUCAAUUUUGCACCCACUAGGGGUGGCCCAUAAAUGUUCAUUAUACACUUUUCUGCCGAAGUUUGCUUCAACGUCUGUUUAUUUUGGAAAUAAUAAGGUGCUUAGUUUGAAGCAGGAACUUCACUUCACUCUCUCAAUUCAUUCACAGUUGCUUUGGCAAUGGCAGCUCACAGACUUGCUCUCGUAAUCGAAAGUCCUUCAAAGGGCGAUGAAUUUCUGCUUCUGAAGCAGCCGCGCCCUCCCAAAUUCCACGACGAAGAAUACGACUCUUUCGUCGAUUCCGAUCUCUGGGACUUGCCCUCGGCGCAGUUAAACCUGCUGCCACCAGAUUCAGACCCACCGCUUGUGGUGCAAGUUGCUCCCUCGCAUGCCGAAUUCGAGGACAUCGAUUUGAGGAAAUUCGAUAUCCGUUCGGCACUCAACGAGGUGUUUGGACAAACAGGGUAUGGGGCGGUUGAAGGAGGAGGUUGGAAGUUCCUUAAGUAUGUAAAGGAAGCUGCCUUUGGACCUGAUUUACCCGUUAACACAGUCUUCAUUGCUGGGAAAUUGGUAGCGGCUGAGGACAAAAACUCUAUAGAUUCAUACAGAUGGAUGUCUAUCCAAAGCUGUGUUAACUGGAUUCAGGAAUUGAAACCAUGUGGAGAUCGGGUUGGACCAUUGGUUGUUCUUGGUCUUAUAAACGAAUCAUCUUUCUCUACAAAGUGGAAAGUCCCACCAGCCAUAAACCAUCAGGAGUACCCACCUGGUGUUAUCAUUAUACCUAUGAGAAGUAGGACAUUAAAGCCUUUUAACACAACAAAUUUGGUGGUGUUUGCACCUGAAAAUGUUCCAAAUAAUUCUGAAGAAAAUAAUUUUGUUGCAAGUGGAGAUGCACUCAUAGUUGAUCCAGGAUGCCUAUCUGAAUUCCAUGUAGAGCUAGAGAAAGUUGUCAAUGCUUUGCCAAGACGACUAGUGGUCUUUGUCACUCAUCAUCAUCAUGAUCAUGUAGAUGGUCUCUCAGUUAUCCAGAAGUGCAAUCCUGAUGCUAUUUUGUUAGCUCAUGAAAAGACCAUGCAUCGCAUAAGCAGAGAUGAUUGGUCCCUUGGCUAUACCUCAGUUACAGGGGAUGAAGACAUUGUCAUUGGUGGUCAUAGAUUGAGAGUGAUUUAUGCACCGGGACAUACAGAUGGCCAUAUGGCACUUCUUCAUGCAAAUUCUCAUUCCUUGGUUGUUGGUGAUCAUUGUCUGGGUAAGGGAAGUGCUGUCUUGGAUGCAAGAGCUGGUGGAAAUAUGUCUGAGUACUUCCAAACCACAUACAAUUUUCUGGAGCUUUCACCACACGCUUUAAUACCAAUGCAUGGGAGAGUUAAUGUCUGGCCAAAACAGAUGCUGUGUGGAUAUCUAAAGAACCGCAGAAGUAGAGAAGCUAAUAUCCUGAAAGCAAUUGAAGGUGGAGCAAAAACUUUGUUUGACAUUGUAGAAUAUGUGUAUUCUGAUGUUCAUCGUGGUGCCUGGAUUGCUGCAUCAGCAAAUGUGAGGCUCCAUGUGGAUCAUCUAGCUCAACAACACAAGUUACCAAAGGAUUUCUCUCUGGAAACAUUCAAUUCCAGUUUGGUUACAUUUGUUGACAAUGUGGGUAAACUAUAAUCAUGAAGAGCUGCACUGAUUGGCUAGGUGACUGCCGAUCAGUUACUUCAAUUGCAUUUGUUUGAAAAAAAAAAAAGACUCUAUCCUCCAAGUCGUUGUUUGCGUUGAAAUAGCCUAGAUAACCCUAGAUAACGGGAACUCUAUGCAAAUUAUCCCUUUUAUAAUAACUGAGGAUAAUGACUUGUGAGAUUGGCUGUAAUUCUUUCAUGGAACUGACAGAACAUGUAUCUACUUUAGGAUUUUUCAAUCCAGAAGUUCAAAAAUACCUGUGGCCUGCAUUUUUUAUCACGAUGGAUAUGGGCUUACACUAGUGGCAGUUUAUUACAUCAAAUAGGGAGGUCUUCAUUUCUUAUUGGGGGUGUUCUUGUUUGCACUGCUGC